AUGCAUAAGCAGAUCUGUCUUGAAUGUCAUGGAAUGAAAAUGGGACUAGCGAUGAGGCUUGUGAAGUUCACUAAGGAGUGUAAGGAGAAAAAGAAGUGUACAUUCUCAACCUAUCGCAGUUUGAAGGAGGUGUUAGUAAAAUAUGACAUUAAAAGCAGUAGUAUAACAAGUAUUUCACAGUUUGAACCAGUCUCUCGCCAUAUUGAUGAGGAAAAUCUAGCAUUCAAGUUCUGUAUAGAGGAUAUACUAUACGAGAUAAAAAAUAUGGGACCUGUUAUAGAUAGUAAUGAGGCGAUGCGUUAUAAAUGCAUUUCUACAAUCUUUUAUACUACUAUCAGCAUUCUCGAAAGUUUAGUUAUCCUAUCUCAAAUGGAAGUUUCCAGUGAAGAGAGUUCUGGCUGUGUCGACUAUGCCAUCAAAAGAGUUAUAGACAACUUGUUGGAAGAAAUAAUAUGCAUUAUGAAGGGUAAACAGAAUCUGCCUGGAAUAGGCAUUGCUCAAAAUCUCAUCCAAUGUAAAAGUUCAUGUGAAAUAAAUUUAAAUAUGCUCAAGAAAAAGCGUACGGCUGAUGAAGCAUUUGAGGAGUAUGAAUAUAUCUAUGGCAUCGUCAUGACAGAUACACUCAAGAAUUCAACUGAUUUGCGCAAUAAUGUGAAAAGGAUUUUAGAGGUUAUAGUGUGUUUGUUAAAAGAUAUGGUAUCAGUUAGUGAAGAACCUCUUUUAGCCCCUUCGUAUAACCUUCUCAGCGGACCAGCUGGAGCAAUAGCACUUUUGAUCAAGGAACUUAUUUGCAAAGUGCAGGUAACGGAAUCUCUUUAUGAGCUAGAAAAGUCAGAAAAAAAAAGUUUUCAAGAAAAAAAUGAUUUACAAACCACCAAAGCUACAUAUGCUAAUGAACCUCAAAAUCCUAUAUCAACUUCUGAAGAAAGUUUUCAAGAAAAAAAUGAUUUACAAACUGCCGAAGCUACAUAUACUAAUGAACCUCAAAAUCCUAUAUUAACUUCUGAAGAAAGUUUUCAAGAAAUUAAUUUACAAUCUGUUGAAGUUACAAACUCUCAAAAUCCUAUAUCAACUUCUGAAAAAAUUUUUCAAGAAAUUAAUUUACAACUCGCUAAAGCUACAAACUCUCAAAAUCAUAUACGAUUUCUGAGUUCUGAAAUUAACACUCACUUAUCCGAAAAUGCUUCUCAGAAGCUUCAUUACUAUGGGCCAACUAAAGGUAGUGUAUUGACUAAGAAGAAGAAACAGUCAGCAGACUCAUUAUCAUCUACACAGGCUGUUAUUUCCGAAGGGAUUUCAUGUCUGGUUGCAUUUUAUCAUUUUGGAGAAAAGAAGGGUGGGAUGCGUUUUCAUUUAACAAGUUGCAUGCUUGAGGGCAAGAAGAAACAGAUGCCACAAUUUAUAAGGAAGGUUCAAAGAAGAAAGAUAGCAAAAGUAGCCAAAAUGUUUACCAAGCAAGUUGUUGUGAAAAAUGAACUGGAAAUCCUGUUCGCAAAGCAAGAGGCUAUGAAAAAAGAAUUGGAAAUCUUGUUCACUAAGAAAGAUGUUGUGAAAAAGGAACUGGAAGUUGCACAGGAUUCUGUAAUUCUCGGUGCGUAUCACCAUAUCGAUGAUUAUUAUAAAAACUAUCACAAAGCUAGUACAUUAUUGCUUAAGCGUAAACUGUUUGAAAAUG